AGAUAAAAGAGGGUUUCAAGUAGAUUAUCAUGAUAUUCAAUUAACGGUUCUUAUAGAGGUUUAUAUUACUUCACAAAUAGUUACUGUUAUCCGUCAUAUGACAACUUUGUUUGCAUCAAAAAAAGAAAUAGCUGCGCCAAUUUACACGAAAAUCAUCGAAAUCAAUAACGCGAAAGGUCAUUUGACAACAAUAAACUCAUUUACAUUUCCUUUCAUGUCAGCAAAUAAGAAUAAAACGUUUGCCGUUUCUCCUUUCCCAAAUUCGGAAAUACCUAAAAGAGGAUUUAGUUUAAAUAAAUACCAG